GUACUCCCGGUCCUGAUGUCACAGCAAGGACAUCACAAGGAGGAGUCAGAUUACACUAAAACUGGGCAGUGCAACAUGCAGCGGGAGUCGGCGCUAAACCAGAGCUGGAUUGUAUCGGGGAAAAGCCUGUCUUUCAAGCCCUGACCCAAGGAGGCUCACGCCGCUCGUUCUCGGAGGCUUGGAAAUUUCCACAUCAUGUAGGAUGAGACAGACUCGCUCUGCUUCACGCGGCAGCAGCAGCUCGGCGCGGGAGCUAAUGCUGAGCAGCACCCGGCGGUGGAAGCUGGAGUGCCCAAUUAAUGAGAAACAUAAUGUAUUUUGGAGGUACAUGCCAGAGCCCUGCUCUUCCAGCCCUGGUACGACCUUCAAUCCCCUCCUUGCCGCCAUCAUUGGAUCUCAAACCCUUUCUUCCAUUCCCACUGGACACUUCUGCAGCUGUCAAUCUCUUCCCCAACUUUAAUGCUGGAAAAUGCUACAGACAUAUUGGAAAGAUACAAGAUGUAAAGAUAUAAAGACAUGGAUCCAAUUCAAAAAGCUGUAAUAAAUCAUACAUUUGGGGUUCCUCUUCCUCACAGAAGAAAGCAAACCAUCUCUUGCAACAUAUGCCAAUUGAGAUUUAAUUCAGAUAGCCAGGCUGCGGCCCACUACAAAGGCACUAAACAUGCCAAGAAGCUCAAAGCGCUGGAAGCCAUGAAAAAUAAGCAGAAAUGUGUAACUACCAAGGACAGCGCAAAGACUAUCUUCACUUCCAUCACUACCAAUACCAUCAAUACCAACUCUGACAAAACAGAUAGUACAACCGAAACACCAGCAAUAUCAACGUCUCCAGCUAUCAAAAUUCGAAAGAACAGUGUAACAAUGACUGAAAUCACCUCAAAAAUUGAAAAAUUUCCCUCCACUGCCACCAGCAGUAGCGUGAGCUCCUUAGGAGAGACAGAAGAAGAAAAGGCCAAACGGUUGCUUUAUUGUUCACUAUGCAAGGUUGCUGUCAACUCUGCCUCCCAGCUGGAGGCACACAACAGUGGCACAAAGCACAAAACUAUGCUAGAAGCUCGUAACGGGAGUGGAACCAUCAAAGCCUUUCCUAGGACAGGUGUCAAAGGAAAAGGACCUAUCAAUAAAGGAAAUACAGGACUUCAGAACAAAACAUUUCACUGUGAAAUUUGUGAUGUGCACGUGAAUUCUGAGACACAACUUAAACAGCACAUAAGCAGUAGAAGGCACAAAGACAGAGCUGCUGGGAAACCUCCAAAACCCAAAUACAGCCCCUAUAACAAACUCCAAAAAGGAACACACCCACUUGGGGUCAAACUUGUCUUUUCAAAAGAAGCUGCAAAACCAGUAGCUCCAAGGAUACUCCCCAACCCACUGGCAGCUGCAGCAGCAGCUGCUGCUGUGGCUGUAAAUUCCCCUUUCAGUCUUCGAACAGCCCCACCAGCUACUCUUUUUCAGACUUCUGCACUUCCUCCAUCACUUCUUCGACCCGCCCCUGGACCUAUACGGACGACCCACACACCUGUCCUGUUUGCUCCAUAUUGAAUUCCAUCAAUGAAUUAAGUGUACUGCAAUAAUUUUUCAGAACAAAAGUAAAACAAGGACAAUGACCUAUGCAGUGUUAAUUUAUUGUGUGUAUAUGUGUGUGUGUGUGUAUACACACACAUAUACACACACACACUCACACACACACACACAUGACUUUUAAUAGAGAUCUUAAUCAAUUUUAAAGAAAGGAAAUUGGCUGCAUAUUCUACCAAUGAGAAUCUUACAAGUUAUCCUGCAACAUUGAUUGAUUUUGUGUGUGUGUGUGUGUGUUUGUGUGUAUGUAAAAUGAAUAAAUUUUCAUUUCAGAAAAAAAUAUAUGUGUAUGUAUACAAAUACAAAUACACAUAUACACACAAAUACUAGUAUUGAAGCAAUUUUGAUUGUGCUUUUUGGCACAGAUCCCACAUACAGUAACUUUAUGAACAACUAAACAGAACUGUUUAAAGGGCAUUAACUGGUUUCAAUGUAUAUAAAAUACUUAAUCCUUAGAAUGAAAGGAGAAAAGGAACAGAAGUACUGUGAACACCAGUACGCUUAACCAUUGCUCCUGCCAAGUCAGCAUUUCCUGGGUAUUUAUCUGAUAAAAAUGGAUACAAUACAGAAAUGUUCAUAAACUGAGAAGACAUAAUUGACAUAUUCCUUCUUUGGCAAGUUGCCACAAUAUUUGUGAGCCUAGGAAGAAGCUUUGGCAGUCACCCUGCACAAAAUUUUCUCUAGGAUACACCCUAUUCAACACCGCAGAAUGUACAACAGAGUUGACAAGCAAAUUAAGAAGGGAGUGGAAACCCACUUCUGCUUUGUUGCCAAGUAAACCAAAAUGGUAAACCCAAUUAUGUAGUUGUCAGGAGUCAAGCAUGACUCAAAAGAGAUUUUAUUUACAGCAGAUGUGUUCAGAUAGGAUUGCAAUAUUGGCUUCUCUCCUGAAUGCAAGACUUUCCAAUUAGUUAUAUCAUCAUUUCAGUGAAACACCAAUCUUGAAAGCCCUUAGUUGGACAUUUCUUUCUGAAGGUCUGCCUAUCCAUCUUGCCUCUUUGCUUCAUCACAAGUGGCAUUUAACAUUUCCCUGUGCUUUAAAUGUACAUGUAAUGUUAAAUAAAUUGAAUGCUGAUUGUUCAGGACAAAAGAAAAAGUUCUACUAUACAUACACGUUCUUGUGUGCUCAACCUGAUUAUGAUUGGGAGAGCUAAUGUGGCAUCUGUGUUAUCUGUAGCAAUCAAUCAAAAUACAGGCAGGAGAAAUUGAUCUUAGUCUAUAGUCCAGGAAGUGAAGGAAUCAGGAUCCAUAAAAAGUUAUGUAACCUGGCAGGAACAUCUGUAUCAACACUGCAAUUAUCUUAAAUAGCCCAAUAGUGAUCUGAUCGCCUGUGCUUCUAAUGUUCUCAUGAAACAGGUCACAGAUUUCCUUUUCCUUCAGUCAACUCUCCAUGGUAGCAGUUGGUUUUUAUAUCACUGAAAUGAUACUCCAUUUUCUGGAAUUUCAAGUUUGCCAAAGGAAAAAAAUAUUUUGAAAUAUUCUAUGGAAAAAGGAAAUGCAUUUAGAAUCAAAUUAAGACUGUAAAAUGGAUAAUCUCAUAACAGAAGUUAAUACAUAUUUCAGCAGAUUGUGGUUAAAAACAUUUAUUAGACAAUGAUUAGGUACAGGAUUGGUUAUAGAACAAACAAAAGGAACACAGAACAGAAGAUUUGUGAAGUGGUUUGUUUAUGCCACAUAUAGUGGUAAUAAUAAAGUAUAUUGCUACUGUUGGGAUCUAAUAUAAAUCUAAGUUAUAUUUUAUCAGAAAGCCAUACUAUGUGGACAGAUGCAACCCAUGGACCAGAAAUUUUGUAUCUGUCUUAUAUAUCAUAACCUUUUAGCCUUUAUGCCAUUUUACAGACCUACUGAAAGGAAAGUCUUGUUGAUAUGGGAUUGCAACCUUAAGGCUGUAUGUUCACUGUGAGGCAUUAAAAAUGAAAUAUUGGAAAUCUAUAGAGCUAUAUUGUAUAUAUGUUAGAAUUCAAAAUAAUUUAUGCAGAGAAAACUAUAUAAAAUAAUUAAAUUGAGCCAUUCAUUUUUAGAAAAGGGUUAUGAAACAGUUGGCAAGAAAUAGCAGACAGGAUGGGAAAGAAAUGUAUCUAUUCUGAAUAGAUAUUUCUGCUGACAUUUUCUUGGAGAAAUUAAAUGCUCAUUCAGAAGCAGCCAUUCUGCUAUACAGCUAUUAUGCUCACAAGUAGAUUUUAGCAAAUAGACACAUUUUAAGCUGAGUGGAGAGUGGAAGCUUAAAGAUUAUUCAUGAAAUACUAGUUAUAUUAAAGCAACCUCCAUAAAUUUACCAUAUUCAAACACUCCAUUUAGUACACUAAGCCAGAAAGCACUUCAGCUUUAAAAAGAAAAUAGAUAAGGAGGAACACUCUCCUCAUAUAAGUCUGCCACUCUUUUAAAUGGCUGUGUCUGUUUCUGGAAUCAUGAAGCUACUUAUUCAAACUACUGGGUUGUUGCUGUUCUUAGCACUUGUCCCACUUAGUUGGCAGAGUCAUCUUGUUUUGCAUUACAUUCACUGUAAUUAGAAGAAUGGAGCAUAUUGAUGCAUGAUAUAACAAGAGCGUUAAAGUUGCAGUCCUGAUGUUGAUUAAGAACAGAAAGGAAGUAAAUACUCUAAGGCUUCUAAACUGGUGUCUGUGCCAAUAGUAGCCUAUUAAUCGCUACACCAAUGUCAUCCCAUUGAAGUAGCCCAGAAAAGAAACAGCAAUCAAGAGUAACACUACUUAAUAUUACCUUUGUUGUAAGAUUAUAGUAACCAAAUCUUGGAAGUCUGAAGGGAUCUUUACCUUCCCUUACUUUAGUCUUCUAAAACUACAGAGUCCUUUCUAAGAUGUUUUCAUUACUCUCAUCCAUCCUUCCAACUCAUAUUUUGUUUAUAGGAAGAGUGUCUAGGCUACUGCUCUUCCCACGGUCUCCCAAUCUUAUUCCCUAAUAUCAAUUCACUACAUUAGUUCUAUUCAGUUUGCUAUUGAUACUAAGAAAAGGCUGGUUGUUGACAAAUAUCCCAUAUAUAGCUUUAAUUUUUCUUUCCAAAUCUGAAACUCAACACUGCUAAUUAGUAUUUGAUGACUGGUUUUAGAAAAGUUGGCACGAGUGUGUGUGUGUGCUCACAUGCACGCAUAUCCAUAUACAUGUGUGGAUGUGGAUGUGUAUAUAGACUCUUCUAAGUCUAGAUGGAAGAUUCCACAGAAGGUUGUGAAGAGUAAAAGGACUAAGAUCCUGUGGCAUUUCCAAAUUCAGAUGGGCAGGUACUGGCCAAUCAACCAGAUAGCUUGGUAGUAGACAAAGACCAGAAGACAGCAGUGGUGAUAGAUGUAGCUGCCAAUUGACAGCAACAUCAGAAAGAAUGAGUAUGAGAAAAGUACCAGGGUCUGGGGAGAAUGUGGAAAGUAAAGACCAAAGUGGUCCCAGUAGUGGUAGGAGCAUUUGCAGAAGGAUUUCUUCCAUUCUUAAUAGAGCAUGGAAACCAUCUGUUACAUUGUUAUAAAGGAUCUUCCAAUCCUCUGGAGCAGAUUUUUGUAAGUUGAAAGACUGCAGGAGAAAGAAAUAGAUAAGAGUACAAAUUAUUCCAUGAGCAAAUUUCUAUGGCUGAAAUUCUCUACCCAAUCCAACUAUGUGCCUCCAAACUUCAAACUGACACAGAUUUGUUAAAUUCUUAUUUGCCAAGAGAGCUCCAAUUGAUUGAUUUAUAAAUAUUUCACUUAUGUUAUUUGCAACUGUUUGUGCCUUGAAAUUAAGUUUAUCAGUCUUAUACCACAUAUAGAAUAUGAAGUCAAGAAUAUCUGUUUAUUUGUGGUUUUUAUUUUCUUUCAUUAGGAAGGUUGCUCAAGAUUGUAAUAAUAAGUGUAACAUAUUUAAAAAUUCAUUUUUCAGGUUGCUGAAUUAGCCAGUGAUCAGAUUUAUUGCUAUGGAAUGAUAACAUUGAAACUUCAUUUUUGGAAAUAAACCUAUAAGAAAAAAAAUUUAUGAAUGUGAAUACAUAUACCUGCCUCUGACCACAUUAAUUCACAAAGAGAUGGGAAAUAUGUAAACUUCAAGAUGAUGAAUUGUGUCUCUCAUCAUAUCUCAUUGCCAUUUUGGCCAAGGCAAAUGGGAAAUGAAAGUAUUCAACAUUUGGAGGAAGAUUGCAAUUAGUGUAACUAGAUUUGGACUGCAAAACUUGUAAAACCACUUGAUGUAAUUAAUUGAUACCAACAUUCUUAAUUUUUUGCUUCCAGCUAGUGAUUGCAGGUCAAAUAAUCAUAUGUCUAUUCUUAAAUUAAACCAUUAAAAUAAGACGUCACCACAACCUUCUCCAAGCUUCUAGUUAUGUCAGUUUUUCAGUUUUCAUUAUAGCUAGUUAAAAGUGCAGUCAUUUGGAAGAUUUACCAUUAGGGAAUGGCCUUGAAGAUUUAUCUGAAUCUAAAAUUGAAUUUAUUCUUAAUGUAUAGAAAUGCUCACCACAAAAAUGGUUAUCAUAUAUCUCCAAAUACUUUCCAAGUGAUAUUAGGAAUAUGGGACAGGAGAUACCACUAAUGUGUAUGGUGAUUGUGUAUAGUAAUUAUAGAAAUGUUUCUUUAUAAAAAUUGUUGGGAUAGCACCCCUAUGACCAUUUUAGGAUGUAUUCCAAUAAUUUAUUUCAACUUUUUUGGUGCAAUAAGGAUAAGAACUGCUGGCAUGUCAAUUUUUAUAUGUCAAUUUUUUUUUUACGCUAAGCUAUAUAAAGUUGUUCUAAACCUACAGAACCUUUGUUUGUGGCCAUAAAAAAAAUUCUUAGAACAAAGCCAUAACAUUACUAGAGAGUCCCAGAAAUGAUUUUUCUUAUAUGAAAUAAUAUGCAAACUGAUGACUGGGAAUCAUGCAAAUGGCCUAGGAGAAGGCCUGUGGAAAGCCUUUUCUUAUUUAAAAUAUAACUAAAAUAAACAGAUUUAUAAUAAUUUGGCCUGUGGUAUUUAUGGAGGCACAGUAAAAAUGGGACAGAUAAAGUUUUGCUCAGAGAAUAAAGAGGCAUUCCUACUCUUCUUAUCAUCUGCUGUAUACUCUCUUAUGUUGUUUGAUUUUUUUUCUUUUUGUCAUCAUAGUGUUAUAUGCAAACACGAAUUUCUUACAUAAAGACUGUUGUAAGCAACAAACAAUCCUUUCAAUGUCUUUUACUCACUACCUAAUAAAGGAUGAAGCCUAAAUGUGAAAAA